AUAUUGAUUCAACUAUUUGUUCGAAUAUUCAAACUUCGUAAUUUCUUUACCCCAUCAGUCGCAAUGAACCCCCAGCCUACAAUUCGACGCCUCUCCCUCACUGGAUCAAAGUAUCAAUCUAAGCCAAUCUUGAGAUGGAUUUGGCUGCUAAUGGCCACUGGAACUGUAGUAACUAUGCUACAUUUUACCUCCAAGACUUCUCAUCAACACGCGCCGGUUUCGUCUGUUGCCAACCAGCGGGCUGGUCAACCUCUGGAGAGCCCCCUUCCAAGUGACUUUGAAGAUACUCUCAAGCUCAUCACCGACCAUUUCAAAGUCCAUGGGCAUAUUGGCUCGUCUAUCAAGCUUAUAAAGAGAUCACCUCAAGGUCCAGCUACAAUUACUGAAAACCCGGAUGCUACUACAGUAAAUGUCACUAAGGGUAACGCUCCACUGGUGAUAUACGUCGAGGACGCAAAGGACUCCACAACACAUGUGGUAACCAUCGUAAGCGUAUUGAUCGCACCUCUCCAAAAGAAGUGA